AAGGUUCCAGGCCCUGUGCGUAACGUGUGUAGGCUAUGCAGACCCAGAACCGACUGCGUCCCGCUGAUCUCAUCGGUUAACGGACUAAAGAAAGGAUGAGGGCUUGAGAAAACACCGUAUCGUUACCGAAAACCGUGACGGAAGUGUAAUGCAACAGUGAAGAUAUCUUGUCGCUCUCGCCAUGCGGAUGGCGCGUUAGGUGAAACUGUAAGCUAAUGUAUGUCCGGUCAGCUGUUUUUAUUCACCGAGAGACAGCAGCAUCACCGGGACGUGUGCACGAGACCACAGACUAGCCUAUACCGGCGAUCCGUACCCCCACAAACGGGCAGGACUAACGGAGAGGAGGACGCAGAGAGAGAAAAUAAAAGAGUGUGAGAGAGAGAGAUGGAGUUUAAGCAGCUGGUGGAGGUGGCGGAGAAGUGGUGUUCGUCGGUUCCGUUCGAUCUGAUCUUCGCGGAGGAGGAUGAUGAGAGAAGACUGGACUUCUACGCAGAACCGGGAAUCUCUUUCUAUGUCCUUUGUCCGGAUAACAUGACGGGAGGGAUGGAGCAUUUCCAUGUAUGGAGUGAGAGUGAGGACUGCCUGCCAUUCCUCCAGGUAGCUCAGGACUACAUCACUUCCUGUGGAAAGAAAACACUUCUAGAGGUCCUGGACAAAGUGUUCACUUCCUUUAGACCUUUGCUGGGUCUACCGGACAUAGAUGAUGAGACGUUUGAGCAGUACCAUGCAGGCAUGGAGGAGGAACCAGAGGCAGAUCACCAGCAAAUGGGAGUCAGCCAGCAGUGAUGCCCACAGAUGAGGUGUCCAGUAGGGCUACAAUAACUACCCAUUCCCCUGGUCUCAUCACCUGCAACAACACACAGGCCCAACGCCCCUGUAGCGACUAUAAACAGUCAUAAUGUAUACUCACACACACACACAGGACAGCCUGCUUCUCAAAAGCUUUGCUCCCCAGAUUGUGCACUCCCUGCCUCCCUCCCACACACACACACACACACACACACACACAAACACACACACACCCCAGCCAGGCCACCAGGACCUACAGAGAACUGUCAGUGUCAACCAUGUAACACCGUACCGUAACCAUCCACUGUACCACACAAUGUUAACCAGCACAUUGCUGUGUCCUUGUAACAAUGUCAGCAGGGAAAGUAGAGGGAGGAAUAGAACAGAACUGUAAUCCUACGGUAGAAACUGUUCCAUGUAUACUGCUGUGAGGUCGGCCAAAUGCUGCUCUAUCUAUGUGUGUGUGUGUGUGUGUGUGUGUGUGUGUGUGUGUGUGUGUGUGUGUGUGUGUGUGUGUGUGUGUGUGUGUGUGUGUGUGUGUGUG